CGCUCAUUAGUGAAGUCUUGCUGCAUUACUCAUGUCACUCGUACUAGUGUAGGAAGUUAGUGAAAGCACUGCUGUGAACACAUGGGAUGUUUUCUCUUUGAUCCAAAACGUCUUUGGUUUAAAGGAAAUGGAUUAAACCCUGAGCUCAGGUCUUGAUCACAAGCCAGCUCUAGUGUGUGAGAGAGAGGCCUUUACGACCAACUUGCGAAAUUCACACACUCCAACACCCUUCUCAUGGAGGACAAAAAGUCUAUGAUUGGCAGUUUGCGCCAAAAAGCCAAACUCUUUCGAUACUCGCGGGUUGGCAACGACAAAAACCCCAACAAGCCGGAGGUGAGGGAAGAGCGUUUGUUGGACCAGCGGAUGAGCACAUCUGUCAUGGACGUCCUGCAGAGGAGUCGGAUGUCCUCCCUAAAAAGCCCCACCCACCAGCAGCCAGCUGACCUCCGGACAUCCUCUGCCUGCAACAGUAGCCCAGACUCCCCCCUCAGCGUGACUCUGCGAAAGAGAGGGGGCGGCACCGGCCUCUCUGAUUCUCUAGACUCGACCGGCUGGCUGUCACAGGAGCCAGUCACGGAUGCCCCAUGUGAACACAACAUCUCCAAGUCCACAGAUGAGAUGGAUCAGGUGCUGCGUUUGAGGGACACGCAGCUUCCUUCAUCAGAGAGCUUGGCUGAGAAGCCGCAUUUCAACAGAAAUGGUUCAGAUACGUUCUCCAUACAUGACAACGAGCACAAUAAUAUUCUGGACAUGAAGACCGAAUCAGCUGGAGUGAAUGAGCAUCAGAGGGAAGCUCAGAGAACGUAUCUGCUCACUAUAAACCUGAAGGAGGGCCAUGGACUGGUCAUUAGAGACCGCUGUGGCACAAGUGAUCCGUACGUGAAAUUCAAGCUGGACGGAAAGACCUUGUACAAGAGCAAAGUGGUGUAUAAGAAUCUCAAUCCUGUCUGGAAUGAGUCCUUCUCCUUCCCGAUCCGCAGCCUGGACCAGAAACUUUUCAUCAAGGUUUAUGAUCGAGAUCUGACAACGGAUGACUUCAUGGGGUCCUGCGGUGUUGAGCUGAAUAAACUGGAACUUGAAAAGAACAGCGAGAUGGCGCUUCCAUUAGACGACCCCAACAGCCUGGAGGACGAUAUGGGUGUCAUAGUCAUCGAUAUCUGCUUAUCUGUGAGGGACGGCAAAAACAAAAAACACAGAUGGGCCCAAAGGAAAAAAAGGAGCCUCACG